CCCACCACUUCCCGAGCGCCAGCCGGCCCCGAGGAUGCCCAGGCCGCGGUCGCCAUGACGUGGGACGAGAACGUGACGGGCCCCGACAACGCCACGCUGCAGAUGCUGCGCAGCCCGGCGCUGGCCGUGGCGCUGCCGGCCGCCUACUCGCUGGUGGUGCUGGUGAGUGUGCCGGUGAACCUGUUCGCGCUGUGGGUGCUCUGCUGUCACAUCCGGCCGCGCUCGCCCUCGGCCGUGUUCAUGAUCAACCUGAGCCUCACCGACCUGCUGCUGGCCGCGGUGCUGCCCUUCCAGGUGUACUACCACUGCAGCGGCCACCACUGGGUCUUCGGCCGCGCGCUCUGCAACGUGGUCACCGUGGCCUUCUACGCCAACAUGUACGGCAGCAUCCUCAGCAUGACGUGCAUCAGCGUGGACCGCUUCCUGGGCGUCGUGCACCCGCUGCGGGCGCUGCGCUGGCGCCGGCGCCGCUACGCCGUGCUGCUGUGCGCGGGCUGCUGGCUGCUGCUGCUGGCCGCGCUCUUCCCGCUGGCCCGCGCCGACCUCACCUACGCGGUGGGCGCGCUGGGCAUCGUCACCUGCUUCGACGUGCUCAAGUGGACCAUGCUGCCCGGCGUGGCCACGUGGGCCGCCUUCCUCUUCGGCAUCUUCGUGGUGCUCUUCCUCGUGCCCUUCGUGAUCACCGUGGCCUGCUACACGGCCACCAUCGCCACCCUGCUGCGCUCGGCCGACCGCCACGGCCCGGGCCAGCGCCGGCGCUCCGUGUGCCUGGCGGCCGUGGUGCUGCUGGCCUUCGUCACCUGCUUCGCGCCCAACAACUUCGUGCUCCUGGCGCACAUGGUGGGCCGCCUGUUCCUCGGCCGCAGCCUCUACCACGUGUACAAGCUCACGCUCUGCCUCUCCUGCCUCAACAACUGCCUGGACCCCUUCGUCUACUACUUCGCGUCCAGGGAGUUCCGGCUGCGCGUCCGCGACCUCCUGGGCUACCGGCGCCUGCCCGCCGGCGGCCCGGACGCGCGCAGGGACAGCGUCUUCUCGGCCAGGACCACGCUGUCCGUGCGCUCCGGCUCCACCGGGCACGGCGAUGGUCGCGGUGGCGGGGACAGCGACGCAGCCGCCCAGGUGGGGCUCAAGCGGCAGGAGAGCGAGUUCUGAAGGGCCUCGUGUCGCCUGGCAGGGGCAUGCGCUGCAGUCCCACCCAGGGACCU